AUGAGAUAAGAUGAUUAUUUUAGGGUAUUAGAAAAAGAGAAGAAAAAAGAAGACAUAAAACGAUAAGAAUAAUUAAGAUUAGAGGAAGAAAAAGCUAGGAAAUUAAAAGAAGAAGAGAAAUUGAUUAAAGAUAAAGAAGAAAUUGAUAGUGAUUCUAAAGAUAAAGAUAAAUCAGCAAGAGAUGACAAAAGUAUCAAAAUAAAAAUUGAUGAGGAGAGAAGUACUAAAGAAAAAGAAAAGAGAAAAAAUGCUUAAGAUAAGAAAGCAGCAGAUAAAUAUGAUAAACAAUUAGAGAAUUUAAGACCAGAAUAAUUGGUUGAGAAUGAAAUAGGAAAGCCUUAUUAUUUAGUACCAGAUGAAACCAAAUUAGAAAUCAAUGUAGCAUUUUGUAUUGAUUUUAGAAAGAACUAAUAGAGAGAGAAGAUAAUAAAGUUAGAAGAUGGAAGGUUUUUAUAAAUGAAAUAAGAUUAGAAAAUUUAUAAAAGGAAUAAUUAUCAGUUUUCUUGAAUUUCAGAAUAGGUUAAAUUGGCAAAACGGCUAAUAAGUAUGCAGAUGUAUCAAGUGGUGAAGUCUUUUUUAAAUCUGAAAUUUGUAAAGAUCUAAAAAGAAGUGAAGUCAAGGUUAUUAAGGUAAUGUUUGAAACAGAAAUGCAUCUCUCAUAUUAAAUGCUUAAAGAACGUUAUUUCGUUAUAGAAGUAUGGGAAUAUAGAAGAUUUAGACUAAAUUUAUUUUUGGGUAAAAUUUAAGUGUCUUUACUUAAUAUUGCAUCUGGUAAUAUAAAGAGAUAAGAUGAUAUAAAGAAGGCAUUUGGAGAGAGAAGAUAAUUUGCUAGAAUUUAUUAUAAUGUCUUAUUUUAAGAAGUUUGGGAUUACAAAUUAACAUUUGAAGCUUGGAAAGGAUCAAAUAUUAUAGCAGAUUAAGGGAAAGAACAUGAUCCUAAAAUACAAUUGACUUUAAUGACUGAUGAAUUAAUAUAACCUUAAGUUGAAUCUGAAUAAAUUAAGAAGACAAAGAAUCCAAACUUUAGAAAUCUUAAAGGAUAUAUGCAUUUUAGAGGAACAAUGGAAGAUUUGACAUAAUAAAUGAUGAAAGUAACAUUAUUAUUUGAUGCUUAUUUUAAUAAAGCUGAGAAAUUAGUUUCAUUAAGAGGAAUACAAGAUACAAAUUAUUUAAAAGUUUAAUUUAGAUUAAAACUUAAAGUACCUCCACCAAGAGUGAAAAUAACAAAGAAACCAAAGAAGAAAAAUAAAUAAAAGAAAAAGUGGGAUGGAAAUGAUGAAGAUGAUGAUGAAGAUUUAGGAGAUGAUGAAGAUGCUUUAAGAGAUGAAGCAUAUAUAGCAAUUAUUGAAGGAAGAGUAAAUCUUAAUAAGGUACCAAGAUAUUCAUAAAAUGGAGAACUCAAUACUUAUAUUCCAGAAUAAUAUUAUCUUGUAGUUACAAUUAAUAGACUGAAUAGUGUAUUAAGUCCAGAUGAUAGAGGAGUCAUUAAUACUUAUUUAACUGUUGCUUGGAGAGAUCAAGCUAAAACAACAAGAAUGAUUAAGAAUGAUCCAAAUCCAUCUUAUAAUGAAGAAUUAUAUUUCAGAAUACCUAUAUUAAGAAGAGAGAAGACUUUUGAAGAUAUAAUUAAUUAAAAAACAGAUCAAGAUUUACUUAUAGAUGCAUUACGUGAGGAAUUGAAAUCAAGACCAGAUAUUACAAUAUAAUUAUGGUUAGAUGGAUAAGAUAUUUUAAGUGAUGAAUCUUUAGGUUAUUGUAGAGUAUUUUUAUCUGAAAUUUAGAAAGCAAGCAAAUUUAAAAAGACUUUAUUGACUGAUGAUAAUAGAAGAUAUUAAUUUGAUACACGUGAAGCUACAUUUACUAAGAAAUUUGAGAGUGGUUUGUUUAAUGUUAGUCAUAUUUAAAUAACUUUUCAGGCAUUUUUUGCUCCUGAUUUACCUGAAGAAUUAAAUUUAGAGGAAUUUUGUGAAGUUCCUGAUGAUAUUUAUCCAUAUUAGAUUUCAGAUUAAUUAUAAGUUAAAAAGGAUCAUGAAGAUAAUGAGGAAUAUUAAUCAUGGGAUAAAUAUGUAAGAGGUAAUUUUUCAUAAUUUGGUUUGGAAAAGACUGCUUAUAAUAUUUUUUUUAAGAAUAUUUUUGUUAGAGAUUAAUUUAAUUAUUAUCAUUUGGUUUGUAAAUAUUUAGAGAAAUUUUAUAUUAAAUUUUAAAGUGAAGAAGCAACAAAUGAAUUAUUUGCUAAUCCUAAAGAUAUUAGAAUGAAAAAUUUACAUGAAAUGUGUCAUUUUGUUAGAAAUAUACCAUUUAUAUAAGAUUCUUUUUCAAGAAGUGAUGUUUGGAGAUCACCUGAUUUCUUAUUGAAAAUACGAAAAGGUUUUAUCCAUGAUCAUGCAAUCUUAGGAGCUUGUUUAUUUAUGGGAUUUGAGAGAGAAGAUAAAAAAAGAUAACAUGAUAAGGAUUCUCAUAAAUAUAUUCCAUUUGAACAUAGAGUUUUUGUUUGUUUAGGUACACUUAAACAUAAUUCUUAAUUUCAUGCAUGGCUUAUGGUAUUUUCACAUGAUUUAUCUGGUAUAACUUUUUGGGAUGUUUAAGAAGAUUUUCAUAUGCAUUUAGAUGGAAGAAUUAGAAAAGAUAAAAGAGCUGCAUUAAGAAAGUUUUUAUAUGCUGAAAAACCAAUAACUAAAAAGGAUGGUGGAUUUGGAUUAGGUGCUUUAGGUAAUUUAGGUAAGGAUAAAAAGAAACCAAUAUCAAAGAGAAAGUAAUUGCUUGAAUAAAAGAAAAAAGAAAUAGAAAAGAAAUAAUAAGAGGAAGCAUUGAAAAAAUAAAAAUAAAAUGAUAUUUUAAUGUAAUAAUAAAAAGAAGCAGAAGAAAAGAGAAGGAAAGCCAGAAAUAAUGCUACAUUUUAACCUGAAGAUGAUGGUAGGGCUGAUUAAGAUGAAUAAGUUAUAGAAACAAUAUAGUUAGAAAAAUUAAAUGGAAAUAUAAAAUUAAAAAAUCCAAGAUAAAUGGGUGAAAUUAAAUAAUCAAAGGAAAGAUCUAGUGAAUAAGAAGAUGAGGAUCCCAAGAAAUCUACAAUUAAAGGAGCAGGAUCAAUUGGAUAAAAAAAGACAUUUACUAAUCCAUUGUUUGUAUAUAGAGAGACAGCUAAAUAAACUGCUAUUGCUAAAAAGUAAGAAGCUGAGGAUGAAAUCUUAAGAGCCAAUCCUAUUGCUAAAUUUUCAAAAAUUGAUCGUUUCUUUGAUAAAAAUGGAAAAGAGUAUAUUUAAUAUUUAUUUUAUUAGAGUAGUUGAUCAUGGAUAAUUGCCAUAUGAAACUAUUGAGAUUAUUUUUAAUAACAAAAAUAUGUAAUUAUAUUUUUUAAAUAUAGAUUUGGUAAUAUGGCUAAUUAGAAACCUUAAGAGAUUUUCUAUCAUUUGCAUGAUAAAAGAUUAUGGUAUCCGUUUAUUAAAGAGACUAUUCCAAAUACAGAGGAAAAGGAAGAAAGUGAAGAAGAAGAAGAUGAUGAUGAUGAUACUAAUAUAUAAAUUGAUGAAGACGAACUUGAAGAUUAAAUGAAAUAGAAGAAUGAAGAAUUCAUAUAAAAAACUUGGAAUUAAAAAGUAGGUGCAUUUUAUUCAGCUUAAAUACUCAAAGAACCAAUAAAAAAGAAUAGAAUUAAAAGAUUAUUAGAGGAUAUAUUUAUGGAAGUAAAAUAAGGAGUAGAGAAAGCAAGAGGGAAAAGUUCACUUUUUACUAAAUGGAAACAUGAUUUAGAUGGAAUAAAUAAAAAAAUGGAAUAAUAUUUGAAAAUAUUAGAAUAUAAAACUACAUUUAGAACAAUAAAAGUAGUUUAAUAAAAACAUGAUGAUGAAAUGGUUGCUAAAUGGAAUCAUAUAUAUAAAAGUAGAAAUUAUGAUGAGAUUAUUGAACAAUGGAAAAAAGAAGUAAAAGCAAUGUUACCUUUAAAUACACAUUUAUGUUUACUUCCAAUGAGAUUUAAUUAUACUGAAGUAUAAAUAUAAUAUUAUUAAUAGUCUGAAAAAAUUAGAUCAGUUAUAGUUGAAAAUAUGGAACCUUUUUUUAUGAGAAGAGACAAUAAAAUUAUUUUUAAUCUUGCAGGAAAGAUUUUUAAUUAUCCAAAUAGAGUAAAAUAUGAAAUUAAAUAUGUAAGAUUGUUUGUGUUCGUUUAAUACUUGGAUAUUCAUAUUGUCAAAAUUUAGAUGAAAUUAAAAAGAAAGAAGAAAGUGAUGAUGAAGAAUAAGAAAAUUAAGAAGGUGAAAUUGAUAUACAAAAACCAAUGCUUGAUGAUCUUGAUGCAGAUGAAGAUGAAAAUGCAGAUUUGUUAAAAAAGAAAAAUGUUGAUAAUUAAUAAUAAUAAUGA